AUGGGCAACAAACAAGUUAAAAGUAAAAACAGAUCCAUCACCGAGUCACCAUCAACCAAUUAUAAUUGUGCAAGAAUGUAUCAAGUAUAUUGUGCAGGAAGUAAAUCUUCGAACGAAUAUCCUCCAACAAUAAAUCCUGAAAGUACGGAUUUUGACCCUGUUAGCCCUCUGACUUUUGGAAAUGAAAUAAUUAGAAAUGUCGCCUGUGGUUAUCGAUGUUCAUUCUUUCUUACUGAAUCAGAUCAUUUGUACUCAUGUGGUCAAAACUCGUCAGGAGAGUUAGGUUGGGGAUUUAUGACAGAAUCUUACCAAGAAUUAGCCAAAGACAAAACAAUAAUUCCAUCAUAUGGCAUGAUUGACUACAUUUUAAGUGGUGACACAUUCUCUUUUUUUGUCAUGAAAGAUGGAACAUUUCUAAGAUGUGGAUCAAAUUCGGAGGGGUAUAUCGGAGCUGGAACAGUAUCAUCAUUGUCAACUCCCACCGCUGUCACAAAUCCUCCGUGGAAGACAAAUCGUGUGGACAAAAUUUCAUUUGGAUAUUAUCAUUCAGCAGUAUUAUCAAAUAAUGUAUUGUAUCAAACAGGAAAGGUUCCUGGAUCAGAUGUUUGUAACGAGUACAAGCCCAUCGACGCUGCUCAGCUGAAAACCAUUGGAAAAAUAGUAGAUGUUGCUUGUGGAGUGUUCAACACAUUUUGUAUCAAUGAUAAGGGAGAGCUUUUUGGAGUUGGACAAACCACACACUAUGGAGAAUCUCGUGUGUGGACUAAAAUGAAUGUUGGUAGACCUGUUUCCAAAAUUUUCAGUGGCUCUCUGUCGGCUCUUGCACUCACUUUUAACGAUGAGGUGAUGGUUUUUGGCGAUAAUGGAAGUGGAGAGCUUGGAUUUGGAAGCGAAGCAGUUCAUGAUUGGACUGUACAUCCAGAGCUAAGUGGUAUUGGAGUGCAUACCAUUGGAAUUUACACAUAUCAGACAAUUUUCAUAACGAAAUCAAAUGAGGUUUAUGUAGCUGGAAACAACACAAGCGGUCAGGUAAGUCAAAUUGAGAAGAAAAAUCUACAACGUCAUCCAACAUUAGAAAAAUAUUGUCGAGAACAUGUUGGAAUGAUACCUCAUGUGACAGGAGGUUUUCAACACAUGAUUGUUUAUUUCGCAAAAGAUACAAGGAAAUCUCUUCGAUUCCAAGUGCUUCUUCACAAAGCUGUUGUCAAUCAUUCACUCUCCGAUAUUUUCAUUGAAUGUGGACAAUAA